AUGUCUGGAAGCAAUAGUAAUUCCAUCAAUGAUACUCUGCCGUGGACGUACAACGGCAAGCCCAUCGCCCCAUACACGGACGAUGAGCCGUACGGCGCUGCCCAGAUCACCAGCCGGGUUUUGGGGCUCGCCUCGAACUCCAACAGCACGAGUGUGCAAACAAUGAUGGAGGGAAUCCUGACCGACAAGAAGCUCCAGCGCGAGAUCGUCCCCAAGCAAGCCCGCAAGACGAUACUGAUUGGCGGCAGGCUCGUAUUCGGCGGCGCUUGCACGAACUGCGUCAACAGUGGGCAUAGACCCAGGUGCUCGCUGAUACCCAAGGCCGACACCAACCCGCCGAAGAAGGAACCGAGCCAGGGAUCGUUUCUCGACCGCUUUCUCAUGGCCACCGAUGCAGAAGACCUCGAGCAGCUGCGAAAGGCUGUGGACUCGGCCCUCUCUAAGAAGAAGACUAGCAUUGAACCUCAUUCGUGA